CGCUAGACCAUUCACUGCAAGACCAUAUUCGUUUCAGAUGCUCCGUUGUACAAUACUUGUGGCGUGUUUGGUGCUGGCUUCCGGUCAGCGUGGACGCAAUGGAAACAAUGACAAUGGACGCAAUGGAGGCGGAAACAAUAACCAAGGUCAAAAUGGACGUGAUGAUGAGCUGUGUCGUGCAAAUCCCCGGUCGGAUGUGGUAUUGGUGCCCGGGUCAGCUUGCCGUGCUUUCGUAAGCUGCGAGAACAGCACUUCCCUGGGACGAACUCGGUGUCUGGGCGGAACAUCCUACAGCUUCGAUACCAACCAAUGUGAAUUCGAUGCCCCCUGUGACGACCCUUCUGCUCGGGUCAACGUUAACAACCCAUGCGAUGACGGUGUCGGACCGGAGCAGUUCGGGGAAUCAUACCUUGUUGCCUUUCCAAACGUGUGCAACCAAUUUAUUAUGUGUGGAAACGGGAUGCCUCAGGGACAUUACUUCUGUGGCGAAGGGUUGCUGUUUGACACGACCAGCAAUCAGUGCAACACUACGAGUAAUGUCGACUGUACUGGUCGCGACAUUAUUGUUGAGCAUCAGGACAUGACUGGCUAGACCAGUACUGUUACGUUUGGAAGCGAUGCACUAUAGGAUGAUUUAAUGUACGUAUUCACAUCAUUAUUGAUUACUGGAAGGUACUCAUUGCAUCCCAACAUAUUGUAAGGAUCUGAGCGUCCGAUCCUACUUAUUCGAGGGAGUGAUGAGACAUGUCUCAUAAUAAAGUGAUGAAUAGAA